GGAAAAAAAAAACACACAACAAUUUCACAGUUUGUGAGGGUGGAUGGUGGGGGCUCCAAUUUUCCAGUAAAAGAAAAUAAAAAUAGGAGAGAAAAAAAAAGUUGAGAAUUUUCUGGGAAUUUUGUAAGAAAAUUUUAAAAAAUAAAAUAAAUAAUUUGUAGCCCCCCAUUGUUGAGAGAAAGAGAGAAAGGGCGGCAAUUGAAGAAAAAUAAAUUAAAAUUCUGGGUUUAUUUUAUUUGGUUUUAUUAAAAUUGUUGUUUUCAAAAUCCAGAUUUUUUGUUAUAUAUAUAUAUAUAAAGCUCUUCUUCACCACCCUCACCAAAAAAAAAAAACCCUUCCUUUUUUGUUUUUCUCAUUGUUUAUGAUAAAAUCCCAUUGUUACCAUUGCAACAACGGCAUCAAAGAUCCUAUGAAGAUUAAAAGGAGAAAUUUAAGUUACAUGCAAUUAUCAAGAAGAAGGGUGUUAGGGAGAGGUGCUUUUUGUAUGAGGAAAAUCUGGAGUUUCUUUGUAGAAGUUGGCUGUUUGCCAUUGCAGCGUUUGGUUUAUGUAGCAAUGGGGGGUAAAUGGAACCAUAUUGAAUUCCAUUUCUUAUUUUUCUUCUUGAUUCCAUGUUUCAUCAUUCAAGGGUCUUUGGCUAUUAUCACUGAUGGUUUGGCUUUGUUAGAAUUUCGAGCUCGAAUUGAUUCGGAUCCUUAUGGUGCUUUUGCUAAUUGGAAUUCUAAUGACACCACGCCAUGUAUGUGGUAUGGUGUUCAUUGUGUUGAUGGCAAAGUGCAAAUGCUGGAUUUGAGUUCCCUUGCUUUGAAAGGAACAUUAGCACCUGAGCUCGGGAAAUUAAGCGACUUAAGAUCACUUGUGCUCUAUAGAAACCGGUUCUCCGGUGUCAUUCCAAAGGAGUUUGGGGAGCUUACGAAGCUGGAGCUAUUAGAUUUGAGGGAAAAUGACUUGAGUGGAAUGGUUCCGGCCGAGAUAGGGGAAAUGUCGUCUCUAAAAUGCUUGUUACUUUACGACAACAAAUUCGAGGGCAGCAUUCCUUCAGAAUUCGGGAAGCUAAAAUUGCUCUCUGAACUGCAGUUUGAUAAAAAUCUCGCGUCGAUUUUGGCUACCAGAAUUGGCUGUGCAAAUAGAAAGUUCAGACUUCGCAUAUGGCAAAGUAGUUGGCGACAAUUUAAUGGAGCAGGAUUGUUGUUCAUCCAGAUUCAAGGAGCUCUUAUUCGUUCCCUCAAUACCGUGCUGAUACAAUGGUUCAAGUUGCAAAAAGACACACUGGCUGAGUGUAAUGACAGUUGCUGUGGUUCAUCUGAGCAACAAAUGGCUUGUAACGCAAGGAAUCUUGUCGUCCCUUUCGAACGUCGUGGGCUGCUUGGGUCAUCAAAGAAUCUCCCAGCUGUACCGGCUACUGCUGUGCCUUCCACUGAGCAGAUCAUUGCUCUCCCGACUACCAGAAGUAGUGGUAGUUUCCCUGCAGUGCCUAAGGAAACUGGGACUAAAUCGGAACCUGAUGAUGAGUCAUCUGAAACUAAUUCGGAGCCUGCUGACCAGUCUUCACAUGCUAAUUCGAAACCUGUUGAUCAGUCGUCUGAAAACUCUAAGGGCGAGACAACUGCUGAAAAAUCUUCCGGGGAAUUGUGGAAAUAUUUCAUCAUCAUUCCUUGCAUACUAGUCUUUAUUGCAUUUGUGGCUUUGGCUUUCAUGUGUCGUAAACGAGCAGCAAAAGGGAUAGGUCCCUGGAAAACUGGACUAAGUGGCCAGCUGCAGAAAGUUUUUGUUACAGGGGUGCCUAAGUUAAACCGAUCAGAACUCGAAACAGCCUGUGAGGAUUUUAGCAAUAUAGUUCAGGCAAUUGAUGGUUGCAAGGUGUAUAAAGGGACACUUUCCAGCGGAGUUGAGAUUGCCGUUACAUCAAUCUGUGUUUCAUCCUCAAAAGAAUGGCCAAAGAGCUCAGAAACAGGUUUUCGGAGAAAGAUCGACAGAUUAUCACGAAUUAACCAUAAGAACUUUGUCAACCUUAUUGGCUAUUGCAUGGACGAUGAACCUUUUAGUAGGAUGAUGGUGUUUGAAUAUGCUCCAAACGGAACCCUUUUCGAGCAUCUACAUGUUGAAGAUAUGGAACAUCUUGAUUGGAGUGGGAGGGUGAGAAUCAUAAUGGGUGUAGCUUAUUGUCUUCUUUAUAUGCACCAUGAUUUGAAUCCUCCUAUAUCUCAUCCAAACUUAAGUUCAUCUUUUAUCUAUCUAACGGAUGAUUAUGCUGCAAAGAUCUCAGAGCUUCUCGGUUUUGACUCCGCAACUAAGUCGAACAACUCGGUUGAUGACGGACCACAAGAUUCCAAAUUGGACCCUUAUGCUGAUCUGGAAACGAAUGUCUACAGUUUUGGCAUAUUGUUACUUGAAAUCAUAUCUGGAAAACUUGUUUACUCCAAAGAACAAGGCUCUAUUGAGGAAUGGGCUUCUCAAUAUUUGAAUGAUAAAGGGAGCCUCAACAACUUGGUUGAUCCAACACUAAAAGGUUUCAAAGCUGAAGAACUUGAAGUGAUCUGUGAGGUAAUACAAGAGUGUAUUCAAAGUGAACCAAGGCAAAGACCAACAAUGAAGGAUGUGAGUUCCAAAUUGAGACAAGCUUUUAAUAUCACACCUGAACAAGCUGUCCCAAGACUCUCCCCAUUGUGGUGGGCUGAACUUGAGAUUUUAUCAAUGGAGACACUCUAAAUUUUCUUUUGUCUCUCUCUUUUUCUCCCAUUCCGGCUAAAAAGCACUGUACAGGUCCCGUGUAUUAUAGCACAGAAUGUAUUUUGGUCCCCAAUACUUUUUAAAAGUGAGUACAAGGAUCUCUCUGUAUGUUAGAAAAUCGAGCAAAAAGAUUACUUUUGUAAUAAUAGAAAUAAAAUAAAAUAAAAGAGCAGGAUGAAGUGGACUUAAUUAAAUGAUUAGACAAUUAUUUAAAGUAUGAAA